CUCUCACACACACACACACACACCACCCAGAACAGAAAGGAGCUCGAGUCAUUCACACGUAGUUGAGCGAAGAAAAUGGCGACGCCGAUGGUGGAAGACGACUACGAGGAAGAUCAGUUCUCGUCGAUGAGCACCGACGACAUCCUUCGGGCAUCUCGUCUUCUCGACAACGAAGUUCGAGUUUUUAAGGAUGAGCUGCAGAGGACGAACCUCGAGGUAGAUUCAUUCAAGGAGAAGAUUAAAGAGAAUCAAGAAAAAAUCAAGCUGAAUAAGCAGCUCCCUUACUUGGUCGGCAAUAUCGUCGAGAUUCUAGAAAUGAAUCCAGAGGAAGAUGCAGAAGAAGAUGGUGCAAAUAUUGAUCUUGAUUCACAGAGGAAGGGCAAAUGUGUUGUGCUGAAAACAUCCACACGUCAGACAAUUUUCUUGCCCGUAGUGGGUCUGGUUGAUCCUGACAUAUUGAAGCCUGGUGAUUUGGUUGGAGUAAACAAGGACAGUUAUCUCAUCUUGGAUACUUUGCCAUCUGAGUAUGAUUCUCGUGUCAAAGCUAUGGAGAUCCAAGAAUUGGUUGAAGCUAUUGUGUUGCCUAUGACACACAAAGAUAGAUUUGAGAAACUCGGAGUUCGUCCACCUAAGGGAGUCCUUUUAUAUGGGCCUCCUGGGACAGGGAAAACGCUAAUGGCCCGCGCAUGUGCGGCCCAAACAAAUGCUACUUUUCUGAAGCUAGCAGGUCCACAGCUUGUACAGGAUGUUUUUAUUGUUUUACCUUUGAAACUGCUUUAUUUUGAGCGCAUGUACGGUGAAAUGUUCAUUGGUGAUGGAGCAAAGCUGGUCCGGGACGCUUUUCAACUUGCCAAAGAAAAAUCUCCUUGCAUCAUUUUUAUUGAUGAAAUUGAUGCUAUUGGUACAAAGCGUUUUGAUAGUGAAGUUAGUGGGGAUCGAGAGGUGCAGAGGACUAUGUUAGAACUACUUAAUCAACUUGAUGGUUUUAGCAGUGAUGAACGAAUUAAGGUUAUAGCAGCCACAAACCGAGCUGAUAUCUUAGACCCUGCCUUAAUGCGUUCUGGUCGUCUGGAUCGUAAAAUUGAGUUUCCCCAUCCUACUGAGGAGGCUAGGGCUCGAAUAUUGCAGAUCCACUCCAGAAAGAUGAAUGUUCACCCAGAUGUCAACUUUGAGGAGCUUGCUCGCUCGACAGAUGACUUCAAUGGGGCACAGCUUAAAGCUGUUUGUGUUGAAGCAGGCAUGUUAGCUCUUCGUCGAGAUGCCACAGAGGUGAACCAUGAAGAUUUCAAUGAAGGCAUUAUACAAGUUCAAGCUAAAAAGAAAGCCAGCUUAAAUUACUAUGCUUAGGGCUAUAUAUGCACUGGGUGCAAAAAGGUGCUAGUGUUAUUUGUUACACAAGCUCAGGUGAGCUCAAACUAACUGUCCUGAGGUUUAAAAUUUUAAAAUACGCUUGUUAUCUUUUCAUUUUCCUCAUAAGACUUUCCCCAUCGGGAGUUGUUUCAUGCAAAUUGCUUUAUCGGUCUAAAUCGGAUUUGCCUUCAUAUUAUUGGCAUUAUUUGUGUUUUGUUUUUAUUUAUUUGCGCAAUCACAUUCUCUCUCCAACAUAAUAGCAGAAUUAGCCAUUUUCUUGUAGUAACCUAUGCAAGGAUGCAACAUACUGCAUAUUCAUAUGCUUUUAGAUCUAUUAAAUAUCAUUUGAAAACUAGCAAGAGGAAUAUGAUGCCAAAUAUGAGCUAUCCAGAUUAAAACAAAAGUGCCUAUUCUAUGGUUUUUGUGAACAAGAUUUCAU